UUUACCGCUACCUUAAUGAUGCGUUUCGUGAUAUCUGGAGAUAUCGAAAGUAUCUCUACUGAAUCGUAUCAUUGAUCUAACGAUAAAUUCACAAUAGUCUCAAGUCGUUCCAUUUGCGAUUGUUUCUCGAGAAUCGAAAGGAAAUCGCGCGCACUUUAAUAAAUAAAAAGGAGUGCAUUGGAAAUGUCAAAGGGAAUGGUAGUACCUAACCUAUCCCGUGAUUAUUUACAUGCCUGUCAAUGCGGAGAUUUGUCAAAAAUCCAAAAUCUUACUUUAAAGUACGACGUACAGGAUUGGACGAUUUUUCGGCAUGUGGUUUCCGGUGACACUCCUAUGCACGUUGCAGCGCGCGAAGGUCAUCUGAACGUAGUCGAGUAUUUGUGCGACUCUUUCGAAAGACCUGUUGACUUUAAAGUCAACGUCGUUAACAAAGAUAUGAAAAGGCCGCUGCACGAAGCAGCACAAUUCUCGCGUAUCCACGUUCUACGUUACUUAAUAGAAAAAGGUGCAACCAUCGACUGUUUGAAGCGUGCCGAUUGGACACCACUGAUGUUAGCGUGCACGAAGAUUGGUAGCGAGGCGUGCAAGUGCAUCAGGAUAUUACUUGAAGCAAAGGCAAAUCCUUUGAGAAGGAACAAAGACGGUUGGAUACCUGCAUUUAUAGUUUGUCGUUCUGGUGACGUUAAUGCACUUAGUUUAUUUUUGGAUUACGCUCCUGCAAGUAUAGCUCUUCGAAGUAACAACGGUCGUAGUACUCUUCAUAUAGCUGCUUUCAACGGACACGAGGAGAUAAUCGAUUUGCUCUCAACUGCGGAUCCGGGUCUUGUAAAUGCACGUGAUUCAUCAGGUGCUACGCCUCUUCACGAAGCUGUUAAGGGCGGGAAUUUAAACAUACUAAAGCGUUUGAUACGAUUGGGUGCGGAUUUUCGCGCCGUUGAUAAGGUCGGUCAAACAAUCCUACAUAUAGCUUCCUUAAUAGGAAAUGUGGUAAUGCUGGAAUAUAUUUUAAUGAAUAAUCUAAUUGAUGUACACGAGAAAGCAUUUUUUGAUGUCACACCUUUGAUCGCAGCUCGUCGAAGUAAACAAACGGACGCGAUCGACUUGUUAAUAAAAUAUGGAGCUGAGAGAUAAUUAUUAUCUUUUUUAGAAAAUGGACACCGAUUUAAACCACAGAUUUUUAAUGAUUAUUUCUAAACCUUAUUUCCUUUACAUUACUACAAUUGGUCAUCGAAAUUAGGAUUAAAAUUAAAGAUAAGGAUGAAUGAUUUUUCUUCAGAGAUUGGUACACAUUUAUUUAUCCUUUUUCUCUGUAUCAUCGGACAGUCUUAAAGAAGCAAUACAAAAUCAAGAAACGGAGAUUUCUUAUCCGAUUUGGAAAUACCUAAGUUUUACAAUCUUGUCUUUUCUGCGUUCCUAAUGCGCGCAGGCAGGCAAUGGCGGAAAGAUCUUGGCGGUUCGCGAUAAUUAAAUGAAUUUAUGGAGGAAAGAUAAUUGUAAAACAAAUAAAAGGAUAAAGAUCACAGAAAAAGUCGACCUAAAUCGAGAAUUUUGUCCCUCGGCUCUCGAAUAGCAUGUUUUAUCAUGACGAUGGCUCCGGUCUUUGGAUAUACAUAUACAUAUAAUAACUAUUAUGAUUAUUCCAAAGAAAGUGUAUGUAUGUAACGCUUUUUUUUUUUACAAAAUAUUCUCGCUUGGUGUCUUUUAACUUUGUUUGCAUUGUUAUGGCCAUUUUGUAUAAUCAUUAUUUUGAACAUGGACUUUUUUCCUUAGUUAAAUUUUUAUUUUGUCUUCUUGUAAUAAAAAGGGAUGCUGGGAUGAAAGCAAAAGUGUUUUAGGAUUAAAAGAACGUUCGGAUAAUGCG